CCCGAUUCUCGCUUGUUACUUCAGCACAUGUGCAUGUCGUGUCACAUAGCUACUAGUUGUGGCCCUAGAUGCGACCCAGCAAGAUUCGGUAGGGUGACAUGAGCUGCGAACGGGGUGCAUCGGACACGAUGCAAGACACGAAGAAGCUACAAGAGUUCAUGGAGCUGGUCGGUCGGCUGAAGCAUAUGAAAAGGACAGGAUGGGUAAAGCUAGAUAUACCUGAUCCUGAGACAAUCGCCGGACACAUGUAUCGAAUGGCGAUGCUGUCGUUUCUAGUUGAUGGGAAAGAGAACCUGGACAAAACCAAAAUAAUGCAGAUGACAUUAAUACACGAUCUAGCCGAGUGUAUCGUGGGAGAUAUAACACCGCACUGCGGCAUCCCGCCAGAUGUGAAACAUCAGAUGGAGGAUAAGGCUAUGGAAGACAUCUGCAAGCUGCUGGGUGACAAGGGACCUGAAAUACUGCAAAUAUUUCGUGAAUACGAGAGACAAGAAUCCCCCGAGGCGCAGUACGUGAAAGACUUGGACAGAUUAGACCUACUGAUGCAGGCGUACGAGUACGAGAAGAGAGACAACAUUCCCGGGAAGCUGGACGAGUUUUUCAUCGCGACGAAUGGCAAAAUUAGACAUCCGUUUAUUAAUAAAAUCGCUGCCGACAUAAGCGAGGAGAGGGACAAGCUGUGUCGCAGCUCGGACACCGCGGAAUAACGAAGGGGUCGUUAAUGGUUUAAGGGAGGUAGCCUGGCGAGAUCGCUCAAAUUCGAUUUUAUUUUCAAUUUUAAAAAAGAUUGUGGCUACGAAUUUAGUUUUCUUAAAUGAUCCGCGACCAUUAAACGUUUUAGCAUCCAUUACAUUAACAUUGUACUUGACACUAGGGUUGAUGAUUGACUAUUUAAAUUCGUUCAGAUGUUCAUUUGGGCAGUACGGAUUAAGGAUAGGCGAUUCACUCGCGCGUGUACUUCUCAUCUCGAUAUUUUCAAGCGUUAAUAUCGCGAACUAAUAAUUAACUAUCUUGUCUUCUUGUUUAAACGCUAGUUGUAAAAUGUGUCGGCACAGUUUUUUAUACGUCUCUACUAUACUAUUUAUUGGAACGAGCGUGUAAAAAUAAUUGAGCGAUUACCAAAUAUUACUUUUUAGAUACUGUACAGUUCACAAAGACAGGUGAGUUGUAACGUGUGGAUAUCGGUAGGUAGCGAUAUUAAAGUUAAAUUACGGAUUACUAGAGUAAGGUAGUAUUAUUGCUGUUUUCGAUAUUUGCUGAAACAUAGAUAUGUAUGAGUCACUGCCUUUGUAUCGUAAGGUAAAACUUGUCGAGGGGGAGAGAGAGGUCGUCGUGUUCUGUCAAUUAUAUUUGACAGCUUUAUGUUAUUACGGGGCAUUGUUGCAGGUUUGGUGAUCUUUUAUUUUCAUCUCGUAUCUCUGGCGUGAGAUACGAGGUCUCGUCUGUCCUGUGUAUAGUUUAUCUCGUUGCUUUAAAUAGUUAGGCUCCUCUGAAAUUUUCAUUAUGUAAUACCAUUUAUGUAACAUGCUUUAAUAAUUUAUUAAUGCGUUGAUUUUAAUUACAUAUUUUAAAUAUAUAUAUGUACGCCUCGCGAAAA